GGUCACAUUCCAAGUACGAAGCGAAGCUCACACCCACAAACAGGCGCACAGCACAGGCACAGUCUCACGCUCGCAGGGAUUGAAUUCAAACGGCUGCGUCGCGAUAAGGCCUUUUUUUUUACCCAAUGGUUAUGGCCUCCUCCACAACCUCCACCUCCUCCUCUGCAGUCCCUGCUUUCGUCUACUCCAUUCGCACCCUCUCUCCAACGCGCCAACAUGUUGGAACUAGAACGCCCGCCAGGAAGACCCGCAUUUGCGCCAAACUCGGCGAGAAGAGCGCGUUGCAGUACAAGAAGCUCGGAGACUCUGACCUCUCUAUUAGCGAAAUCACUUUUGGAACUAUGACAUUCGGGGAGCAAAACACAGAAAAGGAAGCUCAUGGAAUGCUAAGUUAUGCGGUUGAGCGUGGCAUUAAUGCUCUUGACACUGCCGAGGCUUACCCAAUUCCAAUGAGGAAGGAGACACAAGGAAAAACUGAUCUCUACAUUGGUAGCUGGCUCAAGUCUCAACCUCGUGAAAAGAUGACAUUCGGGGAGCAAAACACAGAGAAGGAAGCUCAUGAAAUGCUAAGUUAUGCGGUUGAGCGUGGCAUUAAUGCUCUUGACACUGCCGAGGCUUACCCAAUUCCAAUGAGGAAGGAGACACAAUGAAAAACUGAUCUCUACAUUGGUAGCUGGCUCAAGUCUCAACCUCGUGAAAAGGUAUUUGUUUUUCACGCAUGACUGCCUCAUAUUCUUUUUUGGGUUCUAUAUAAUUCUUUUUUUAUUCCACCAUAUCUAAUUUUCUUUCAAAUUAAACUUUAUGAUCGAAUUCUUAUCUUGAUGAAGAAAGCUGG